GUUAUUUUUCCCACACAUAUUUUCUCUUUCCAUUUGAAGACUCUUGGUUAUUGGAUGAUUCCUCUUGUUCGCCAACGUUAUGAUUUGGUUACUCCAGAACGGUCAUUAACUUCUUCUCCUUCUUUAUCUCCUGCUCAAAUCACUCAUGAAGUAGUUAACCGUCAUAGUACAAGUCAUCCUGUUGACGUUACUGAAUUAGCAAAAUUAUUACAAAAAGCUUCUUCUUCUACUGGUUCUGUUAGACCUCGUCCAAAGUCUCAACUUGUUUUAACUUCUAAACCUCCUUCUCCGACUUCUUCUUCUUCAUCAUCCUCUCCAACUUUAUCACCAUUACCACCACCUUUAUAUACUACUGGAAACAAUAUAUCUUCUACUCCUGGCACUCCUACUUUACCUACAACUUCAACAACUCCAAUGAAACCACGUCCUCCAUUACCUCAUCGUCCUGCGACUUGUUCUACGCCAACUCAAUUUAUCUUUAAAAAGCCAGAAUAUGAUCAACAUUAUCAUGAAACACAUUUUCAUCAUCAUCAUCCACCGCAGUCCAAAAAACAACCUAGUACAAUUGGUCAAGAUCGCAAGGAUUUAUCUCUUAUUUGGUCAGAUCUUCGUCGUUUCUUUGUAUCUGAUAUUAUCGAUGAUAGUAAAGAUGAUCUUACUUUUGCAAAUCAAUUUCGAAAAAAUAUUGGUACUCGUUAUGGAACUUGGGGUCGCUAUAUUGGAAAAGGGGCUGGGGGAUCAGUACGAUUGAUUCGACGUGCAUCAGAUCAGAAAACAUUCGCUGUCAAGCAAUUUCGAAAACGUUUAUAUCAUGAAUCAGAAAAGGAAUAUGUGAAAAAGGUGACAGCUGAAUUUUGUAUUGGAUCCGCUUUACAUCAUCCAAAUGUUAUUGAAACUCUGGAUAUUAUUCAAGAAGAUACUCAUUUUUAUGAAAUCAUGGAAUAUGCCCCAAAUGAUCUCUUCAAUGUGGUGAUGAGUGGUAUGAUGUCAAGAGAAGAAAUUGCAUGUUGUUGGCGUCAACUCUUACAAGGUUUAUCUUAUAUUCAUGAUAUGGGUAUCGCUCAUCGAGACCUCAAAUUGGAUAAUUUGGUGUUGGAUCCUUUUGGAAUGCUCAAGAUAAUCGAUUUUGGUUGUGCUACUGUGUUUCGUUCUCCUUUUGCUCAAGAUAAAUCUCAACCUUCUAUUACAUUAUCUAAAGGUGUUUUUGGUUCAGAUCCUUAUAUUGCCCCAGAACAAUAUACUCAAUCUUCCUAUGAUCCCUGUUUGGCUGAUAUAUGGUCCUGUGCUAUCAUCUUCAUCUGUAUGACCAUUCGUCGAUUCCCUUGGCGACUACCUCGACCUUCAGAUCAUUCUUUCCAUGCUUUUUGUACUCAACCACAACAACCCUUCCGACUUUUAAAAUUAUUACCUCGUGAAGCCAGACCUGUCAUUGCUUCCAUGUUACAUAUUCAACCCAAACGACGCGCUAAUUUAUCUCAAGUACUUGCUGAUCCUUGGGUUCAAUCCAUUGAUGUAUGUCAUGUUGACGAACCUGGUGCUAAUCACGUACAUCAUGUCUUAGUCUUACCUCCUCCUCCACCACCACCAACACCACCACCAGCACCGUCAUCAUCAACGUCAUCUACUUCUUCAGCAAAUGGUAUUACUACUACAUCUAUGACACAUAUGUCAUCCAACAACAAUAUUGAACAAUCACUCGAUCCGUUACAUACCACAUCACAUCUUGAACGUCAAAAACAACAUUUACAACAACAACAUCGACAAAGACAACAUCUUGUUAUGGUAACCCAUGAACCACCUGGUGUGAUUGCCGAGAAAGAAAAACGUAAGCGAAGCUCUCUUCCGCCUCCAGCUAUUCGUCCAUCCUCACCAAAACCACAACCUUCAUCAUCUUCCAAAGCAAAAAAGAAUAUUGUAUAGUGUUAUAUUUUUUUAUAAUAUUAUUAUUCAAUAUAUCGUGAUCAUCAUAAUCAUCAUCCAUCCAAUCAAGAACUAUCAUCAUCAUUUUCAUUAUUUUUCAUCCAUCUAUCACUACUAGUUUUAUUAUUAUUAUCAUUUAUUAUUAUACAUUAUUCAUUCAUUCAUUUAUAUAUAUAUAUAUAUAUAUAUAUAU